AGCUUUGGCUCCGGGGCCGCCCCUGUGGGCCGGCCGGCGCCCGCGCGGCGCCGCCCCUCAUGCAUUCGGCGGCCGCUUCUGGCCCAGGCUCGCCCGAGAUCACUGGCCCUCUGGCCGCGGGCGCGCGACAGCGCUCGCGGUCGGCCCGGGGGCAGGAGCGAGCGACGGGCCCUGUCCAGAGGCCCGAGAGCGACCAGGGCGGCCAGGGAGCAGUCGGCGUGGGGGCUGCUGCCCGGCCGCCGACGGUGCCCGCCCGUCCGCUCCUGGGGCCAGAGGGGCGUCCACGGUGCCCGACCGACCACGGGCGCCUCCGCUCGAUCCCCUUCCGCACCGCGGCGGGCGACGCGAUCGAGGUCCGCGUGGUGAUACGCCGCAGCAGCGCCGAGGACGACGCCCGCCUGGAGGGCCGCGCGGGCGUGGACCUCGCCAGCGGGAUCAAGGUCUGGGAGGGCGGCCUGGACCUGGCCGAGGCCCUCGCGGCGCUGCCGCGGGAGGCUGCAGGGCACCUGCGCGGAGGGCGGGCGCUGGAGCUCGGAGCCGGGCACGGCGUGCCCGGGAUCGUGGCGUCGAUGCACCUGGGCAUGAAGGUGGACUUCCACGACCACAGCGCGGAGGUCCUGGAGCAGGUGACCGCGGCCAACGCGGCGGCGAGCGGCCUGGGGGAGGCGACGUCGCCGCCGGAGGACCCUCCGAGGCUGUUGUCGGGCGACUGGCGCGAGCUGCUGCGUGAGGUCAGCCAGGGCGCGUACGAUGUGGUCCUGGCGGCGGAGGCGAUAUACCGCACAGAUAUGUACGACGACUUGGCAGCGCUGUUGGAGCGAUGCUUGACGCCAACAGGAGUUGCGUGGUUCGCAGGGAAGCGUCUGUACUUUGGCUGCGGCGGAGGUACAGCUUCCUUCGGAGCGUUCAUGCGCGCCCGCGGUGGAUUUACUGUUGAUACGGCGCAGGUAAUCGAGGAUGGCCGGUCCAACCUCCGGGAGAUUCUGAAGAUCUCGCGCACUAGGUCUGACGCGUGUGCUGGCGCCAAGGCCGCUGUGGAGCCCGCUGGAGGAGGCCAGUUAUCCAGUUGAUUGCGGCGUAUCUGGCCACCGCGCUAGCGCAGCACUCCUUGUGGCGACGCUCUGAACACCGCCCAGAAGGCCGUAACGCGUGACACCGCUCAUCUAUGUUGCUCGAGGGACAUCAGUAGCAGCCCCAGCAGAUGCCAAAGGCAAAGACGAUCAGCCGAUGCUAAUUCAUUCCCACAAUUCGCGCGGUUUGCCGUCGAUCGCGAGGCUGCCUGCAGCCGAACCUGUGCGAGACACACGUGCCCAUCCUGAAAUCCCACCCCGGCGUGCCGUACAGCGUUCGAGAUUGUUGCCCUCCCGCGCCAGUCGUUUCGCACGCUGUAGGCAUGGGCCUGGAAGCUCUGGGGGGGGCGGGCGCACUGCAAGAGACUCUAGGUGCAGUUUCUCGGCACGGCACACAGUGGGGCAGCCAGAGCCGCGCCUCCAUGCGGGUCACAUGAAACUGCACGCAGGAGCCAUGUCAAGA